GGCAGCAUCACGCUUUCAGUGUACAGAAGUAGAAGAAGACGAAGAAGCGGGAGAAGAAGACAUAAGCCUGUUUAAGAGGAGCCCCGAAGUAAUGUGAAGAAAAAAAAAAAUCUCCGGCCCAUUAUUUUCAUUUCUUUGUCAGCAUAUGACAGCAACACUCAAACGAAGGUGGUUCCCUCUGAGAGCGGCAGCAGACAAAGUGACAGUCACAACAAGCAGCUAGCCCCCUGCUAGCUCCGCUCAGCCAAAACAAAGGCACAGCAACGCCUCUGUGCUGCUGACAGGGCUGCAGCUAGCAGGCUCAAAACACACAGGGGGACAUCAUUCAUCAGCCUGACAUGACCGGCAUGGCUUCUCCAGAAAAGGCAGCUAACUUCAAGAAGAAGAGUGAGAGGAAGUGUGCCAUCAAGGAGGAGUACAGACAGCUGUCCAGCAUCAUGGGAGUCAUGAACAACCUGAGGAAGCAGGGCACUCUCUGUGAUGUGAUUCUGGUGGUUCAGGGCAAACACUUCCCUGCCCACAGAGUGGUGCUCGCUGCUGCCAGCCACUUCUUCAACCUCAUGUUCACCACCAAUAUGAUGGAGUCGAUGUCCCAUGAGGUGGAGCUGAGGAGCGCUGAACCCGAGAUUAUCGAGCUGCUGGUUGAGUUUAUCUACACAGCCCGGAUCUCUGUCAACAGCAGUAAUGUUCAGUCACUGUUGGAUGCAGCCAACCAGUACCAGAUUGAGCCGGUUAAGAAGAUGUGUGUAGAGUUCCUCAAAGGACAGAUUGAUGCUACAAACUGCCUGGGUAUCUCUACCCUGGCAGAGUGUAUGGACUGUCCAGAGCUGAAGGCAGCAGCAGAAGACUUUGUCCAGCUCCACUUCACUGAAGUCUAUAAACUGGAUGAGUUUCUACAGUUAGAUGUGACACAGCUCACACAUCUACUGCACCAGGACAAACUCACCGUCCGUGCUGAGGCCCAGAUCUAUGACGCAGCUGUGCGCUGGCUGAAGUACGAUGUGUGUAACAGAGAGCGCUACAUGGUGGAGGUGUUGGGGUGUGUCCGCUUCCCCCUGGUUUCCAAAACCUUCCUGUCCAAAACGGUUCAGGCAGAGCCCCUCAUCCAGGACAAUCCACAGUGCCUCAAGAUGGUCAUCAGCGGGAUGCGCUACCACCUGCUGUCUCUGGAGGACAGGGAGGACCUGGGAGAGAGCAGCCGACCGCGACGCAAGAAACACGACUACCGCAUCGCUCUGUUCGGAGGCUCCCAGCCACAGUCCUGCCGCUACUUCAACCCCAAGGACUCCAGCUGGACAGACAUCCGCUGCCCCUUUGAGAAGCGUCGGGACGCCACAGCCGUCUUCUGGGACAAUGUGGUCUACAUCUUGGGCGGCUCGCAGCUCUUCCCCAUUAAGCGCAUGGACUGCUACAACGUCCUGAAGGACAGUUGGUACUCCAAGCUGGGCCCGCCCACACCACGAGACAGCCUGGCCGCCUGCGCCGCCCAGGGCAAGAUCUACACCUCUGGAGGGUCGGAAGUGGGCAGCUCAGCUCUGGACUUGUUUGAAUGCUACGACACGCGGACAGAGUCAUGGCAGGUGAAGACCAGCAUGCUGAUGGCCCGCUGCAGCCACGGCUCCGUGGAGGCCAACGGGCUCAUCUACGUCUGCGGAGGAACGGUGGGCAACAAUGUCUCCGGCAGGGUCCUCAACAACUGCGAGGUCUACGACCCCAGCACACAACAAUGGAGGGAACUGUGUGGGAUGAGAGAGGCCAGGAAGAACCAUGGGCUGGUGGUGGUCAACAACAGGAUCUAUGCUGUUGGAGGCCAGGGAGCGCUGGGUGGUCUUGACUCGGUGGAGUACUACGAUAUUGCUAGUAAUGAGUGGCGCAGCACUGCACCGAUGCCAUGGCGAGGUGUGACGGUGAAGUGUGCUGCGGUGGGUGACAUCAUCUACGUACUGGCGGGGUUCCAAGGGGUGGGGCGGCUCGGACACGUCCUGGAGUACCACACCGACACAGACAGGUGGGUGACUUGCAGCAAAGUGCGAGCAUUUCCCGUCACCAGCUGUCUGAUCUGUGUGGUCGACACGUGUGGAGCCAACGAGGACGAAGACAUGGACCUCAUGGACUCCCAAGCACACGCCGCACCCAUUCCCUCUUCAUCUGCCUCGUCCUCAUCAUCGUCAUAGGAGAUGUGGAAGAUUCAGUGCUGUGUGCGUAAAAGUGUCAUUUAUCCGCUACAUUAGAGCGCCGUGAGACUAUGGAGCGGAAUGGAUUUAGAUGAGGCGAGGUUUGACAAGGUUUCAUCAACAAUUAUUGCCACCUGGAUGGCACAUGUCAGUGUGAGCUGAUGCAAAAAAAAAAAAAAAAUCAUUAAGGCGGAAAACUGACUAUGAUUGUGGCAUUCAUAACUAUCCCAAAAGGUCAAAUCUCUCCUCAAGUUAUAGCAAUGUCAAAAUCCUCCCUCAGCUUUAACAGCCGGUGUUGUAUUAUCCUCAUCAGCCUGUUUUUUUUCUGGGUUGGAAAUGGGAUUUAUUUAACUUUUUUUGUUACUUUAUCAAGGAUGCAAACUAGUCUCUCUUAUGUGAGUUUUUUUAAAGUUCCAAAGUGGGGUAUAUUUGAAUGAUUUUAGUGAUCUAUUUACCACUGUAUUUGUUUAUAUGUAUAUGUUUACAAGUUUUUCUCCCAUGAGUUUGCAUCUCUUCUGCAUAAAGUAAUGCAGUAUGAGUAAAUCAUGUCUUUGCAUAUUUUACCAAAUCAUUUGAAUAAAGCUGUAACGUUGA